AGGCUCGCUUGUUUUAUGCGAGGUCGUUUUGGGGGGUCGCGUUUAUGUGCGGCAUAGCAGCGCUGAUUCGCGUCCGCCAUGGACUUACGAGAAAUGAGUGUAUGGGUGAGGGGGAGGAUUGCAGAGGUUCCGUCGGUUUAUCUGAUGGGUCUUUGGAGGAAUGGAGCGCGACGCCGCCCGCGGGGUUGAGUGAGUUGGAUAUUUCGGAUUUUGCAUUGGAUCUUCGCCGACUGCUUGCGAAUCGCGGACGAGGCGGCUACGACAGCUUGCGCUUUUCGGUUGAUGAGAACAUGGGCGAGAGCGUACUGGAGGAGGGGGGAGAGGAAAAAAAAGUGGAGGUGGAAUUCCAUGGGUACAGAGAGUCGGCAGCACGGCCUUCAAUAACUUCCAGGCGUUUGUUGUCAUCAUGGGCAAGUCUAGACGGGAGAGAAUCGAGCAUAGAGGGCGCAUUGUUAUGGGACGGGGAAGAUGUUGGGGCGGAUUUUUUGGAGAGAAUUUCGCUUUGUGCUGCCGUCCAAGGUGGCAUUGAGCCGUGUGAAUUGAUUAGGCUUAUGUCUAGCGUUGAGGGUCCAUGGUCCAUGAUUUACUAUUCGAUGAGAGAGCGCGCUAUUUGGUUUGGGAGGGAUGCGCGAGGUCGUCGCAGUCUUUUAGUGGGUUCGGUGAGGGGUGACUCAGAUGAUAGGUUGGAGGUGAUAUGUGUGUCAUCUGUUGCGAUGCAUCGUGCCGGAUUGGCCAUAAAGUGGUCCGAUGUGGACACGAGGGGUUUGUACCGAUUUGACGUUUGUCAGAAACAAAUCAAGGUUUGCCCUUGGCCUGAAAAGGGUGGUUUGCGUUUUCGCAUUGAUUUAUGUAGGAGUGCUCAGCGUCCGAUGGAUUUGGAUCAGAGAGAGGUGAGUUUGUGUUCUCUAGUGGAUGAGUUACUUCGCCUUCUUCGUGAGUCGGUCAGGUUGUGCAUUUUUCCUCGAGGCGGAGCUCUGGCCUCUUCGAGCGAUUGGUCCGCGGAUGACGCUCACGCGGACGUCGCAGUGUUGUUCUCUGGGGGUCUUGACUCGACAAUUUUGGCCGCGCUUGUGGAUUUGGAACUUCCGUCUUGUCAUUCUGUCGAUUUGAUCAACGUAUCUUUCGGGAGCGAGUCCGAGGUCUUAGAGACGCCGGAUCGCCUAAAUGCCACGGACUCUUAUCGCGCGCUGUGCGCUGCAAGCCCAGAUCGUCCGUGGAGACUUGUACUGGUGGACGUUUCCAAGGAGGAGCUUCAGGAGAACCUUCCCCGCAUUACGUCUUUGGCGUAUCCAAGCGACACCAUCAUGGACAUUUCUAUCUCCGCCCCACUGUGGUUCGCGUCUCGAGGCUCGGGCGUAGCCGCGAGCGUUUCUUCCAAGCCGACUUGCGGCUGGGCGCCCUAUCGAAGUCGCGCGAGGACCCUGCUUGUGGGCACGGGCGCGGACGAGCAGUUCGGGGGGUAUGGAAGACACAGAGUCCAGUACCGGAAGAACGGGUGGGAGGGCCUCCAGAACGAACUAAACAAAGACGUCGCGAGACUUUGGAAGCGAAAUCUCGGAAGAGACGAUCGAGUACUCAAAGACCACGGGAGAAGGGUGUGUCUUCCCUACCUCGACGAGAGACUCAUGUCCUGGGUUGCCGAACGACAGUUGUGCGAUUUGGUCGACAUGGACUUGCCCCCUGGAGAAGGCGACAAGUAUUUGCUUCGCCUGUUGGCGAAGAGACUCAAGCUCGGCCCCGCUUCGACGCUUCCGAAGAAGGCGAUCCAAUUCGGCACCAACAUCGUCAAGCAGAUGCCGAGGGGGAGAGGAACAGAUGCAUUUGUGCUGUGAUUUCAGCGAUCAAAAAGUCCCUGACGCAGCUGUCGAAGCAGCAUAACGGUCCCUUUCAAAAAAAAAAA